CGGAGAUUUCGCAAACCGCGCUGAACAUGUAUCGGUAAUGGAAGAUGUAGUAUCUGACAGUUUCUCGAAUUUUAUAUGCACCGUUUAUCUGUACUAAUAAUUGCCUGGACGGACACCUGACGUGUGGAAAAAUGCCGUGGAAACUUGGUGGAAAUUUCGAAAGUGUGCAGAUAAUGUGUAAGAUAAGUUGGCAAGAGUGCACAACUGCAGUAGCGGAUUAUUUAUGGUUCGAGAUAGUGUCCGACGUCGUUGACUUUUUAACGAAGGAAGGCAUAAUAUGGACCUUGACGCUAGCCAUCAUUUUCACGAUACUAUUCUAUGUAAACUCUCGCAAAGGCACGCGCGUAGACAACGUUAAAGUCGACAAGAAAAUACUACGUAAAGUCGGAUAUAAGGUUCAGGAUCUGGAAUUGAAAGUCAACGUUUUAACAUACAAGAUGCAAUACGGAACGUGGCCAUUGCCGCAUCAAAUCUACAGUUUAAAUCCGAGGAAAUUGCAGAAGAUCAGAAUGACCUUGUCCAACCCGGUCGAUCGGAAAAACUGGAUAAAGCAUGUACUACUGAGUCCUACACAAAGCGAUACGUAUGUUCCUUGCUCAAACGUCCACAAUCCAUCCGUGGCGAAACUGAGCGAUUUCUUCGACAUGAAACACAAACGCGUUGCUUCGCCUCAUAUUCAACGCGGUAAAUUAUCAACAGACUGCAGCAGUAUUGAAACCUCAAAGUCUACCAGUGACCAAUUUGUCAACGUAUGUCCACGGAGGCCGAGUUUCCGCCCACGAAACGUAAGUACCGAGGAGAGCGAUCUCUCAAAGAGCGGCGACUUCACGUUACAACGUCGGAACAACGAGCAGUUUCUGGUAAACGAGUGCAACCGUCGAUCCUCAAGAGUACUCUCAGUACAAAACAACAAAUCUGUCGCGUCGAACGCCAAACUCAAUCCGUGCCAAGAUUUCACGAAUACUGUUCACAGAUGCAGAUCAUUUCUCAAAGAGUUGGAAGACAAUGACAAACGCUUGCGUCUGUUAAAUCACUCAUCAGAGAGAAGAGUGUCUUCAUCGAAAGACACAUAUGCGACGGAACAGCCAGCUUCGCUCACGGCGGAGAAGCGAGAGGUAUCUGAAGCCGCUGGCGAAACAAGAAAAGACAAGCAAAGCAAGAAAAGACAAGCAAAGACAAGAAAAGCAAGAAAAGACGAAACAAAAUGUGCGACAAGAAUGAAAGGCAACGAGCCGUCAGCAAAGGAUGUCGAUCAAGUACACCAACAAAGUGAUAUAAAUGCAUCCUCCAAUGCCAUGAUGAUAAACGACGUCGCGUUCCCGAAACAACUUCAGGAUCUUUUGAUGAACCACUCGAGGCAUAGCGUGCGACCGUCUCUGGAUACAUUGUACCAGGUUCGAAGAAGACUUCAAAGUCUACACAAUGUGCUGCGAAUGUACGAGGACAGCAAAUCUUUGGAAAAGCGAAAACUGGCAGAUCAGGUCGGUGAGGUCAAUGUACUCGCCUCUGUCGUACCUAAAAUCGAAGAAAUGGGUGAGAAUAAAAUCGACGCGAAUCAUGAUAGCGACUCGAGGAAAGCUUUGUCAUGCGUACAAUGCUCGAUCGUGGACAGUUGCGAAUACUUUGAGAUGGAUCACACAGAAGAAAGCUCAUCUUCCUUUGCCGAGUGCUCGUCGAAUACAUCUUCUAAAACAUAUCAAUACUCCAGCGACGUUGCGUUGCGAAGUAUUUGUUCUAAGGAAUACGAUCAACGUAGUGUACGGAGAUCCGCUUGCACGAGCGAUCUAGCAGCGCUUGUGAGUAGUUGUAAUCAGUUUCCACCUUUCUACAGCGCGAUGUCACACGUGUCGGAGUAUCGUGAGAGUCAGAGUGAAAGAAAUACACGUGAGCAAGACAUUUCGGAUCACAGUCAUGAAUUAAAAUCGAAUUCGCGAGCUGACGAGAACGCGACGAACGCUUCUUUUAAUCUCAGGAAAAAGAAAUUCGCGCCAGUGUCGGAGAAUACACGAUGCAUCUUGUCGUCUAGGGAUAUUCCAAUUGAGAAAGACAGUGCAUCUUCGAUGAAAGAAACCAUCAUUGAGGAGAUUAGCGAUGCAUUUGAUGGAGAACACUAUCAAGGAAACACGAUGAUCAUAUCUCGAGGUAGUAGUCGAAGUAAGAUUUCUAUGAGAAGCGAUCAGGAGAAAAAGUCGACGGCGUUGUUGCUUCAGGAGGCUUUGCUCUUCAAGCAGGCCUUGCUGACGCGAGUCGAGUCUGAAAAGAAAUGUCUGAUGCACAGCACGGGAGAAAACAAUGUCGCAGGUGAACUUCCAACGCACUACGAGACGCAGAUCGAGAAUGGCAAUAAUUUUCCCACGAUGGUAAUGGAUAUCGAGACGGAAGGACCAAUUAUUGACACCAUCCACGCACAACUGAAUCGACGUUACGUUCGCUUGGAGAUGAAGCAACGGAGCGAUCUGUUCCCCCGAGGUUUGCGAGACAUAAUCGCACUCGCGCGUUGCGAAAGCGAAGGAGACGCCGACAACGAGGAACUUGUACGCGAGACACCAUCUGAAUACUUCAGCUUCUGCAAUCUAGCAGUUUCUGACAACGAGGACAUUGAGAGCAACGCGCCGUUGUCGUUAAAACCUCCAAUUUACGAGAAAGUAAUCUCGAUCAUGAUACCAGUCGAUAUGGAGAACAAAGACGCAGAGAGCUCGCGGCAGAAUUCGAGAGAAGACGUGAAUGUCGGCGAUCUCGACGGUGACAUAGUCGGGAAACAUUUGCCGGUGAUGCUCGAGCUCGAAGAUCUUGUAUUGGAACGCGUGAAGAAUAUCAGAGAUUACAUGGAUAUUUUUCUUCACAGCCAAGACAGAGCCAUCUCCAAAACGCGCAGGGUGCUCCAGGGUCCGAAUGAGAGCGUCUCUUCCCGAUGUUCAGACAAGGCUAGUCACAUGAUAUUGCAUGAUCAAUUUGCCGUAUCGUCCAAAUAUGACAGCAUCGAACGAGUAGCAACAGACUCUUCGAAGCAUCAUAAACUCGAGAGCAGCAAAGAUGGAAUCUUAAAAAGUCGAAGACGUGUCUCCACAGGCAAAAGUAUAGGCACAAAUACGGUAAUGCCGAGUAAACUGUCAUCAGACAUCGAGUGUCCCAAGUCAAAAACACUCGUCGACUUGAAUCUCAUGCUUGGCCGAUCGAGCCGCGAUUGUUCAACAGACACGAAAACGAAGAAAAGUGACGAUGUCACUUACGACUUGGGUGAGUGCCCAUUAUUCUCUUCAUUAAAAGAAGAAAUGUUAAACAACGGUUUAUUAAAUAAUAUAAGACGCCACGAUCCUGAAGUGUCUGUGAAUGUCACGAACUUGUCACCCCGAAUAAAACACCAUUCGACGAGACGGUUACACCGGACGAAUUCCCGAGUUAAAGCCAAAAGCGACAUGUCUUUAAUAACCGGUAUAAUCAAGAAUUCGAACGUCAGCUUACACCCGAAAAGAUCGCACUCGUCACUUACGUACCGUAACACUUUAAAACGUAUUCGUAGGAUAUUAUAUCAGUCUGAUAACAAAUCACACGAUUAUACAGACGAAUGUGCAAAGUGUGAAAGCGAAUCGCGGUCCGCAACUUCGUCGAAGUCGCUCUUAUUGCCGCAAGGGAUCUCCACUAGAUCGUGUAUACCGAUCUUGAGAAAUCGCUUGGAAGCAGCUCGAAUGAGGCACCAGUCAAACACGAGAAGUCCUACGAGAAGUCCGUUAACGAUGCUGUGGAGAGAAAAUACUUGUACGAAGAAUCGUACGACGAGUGAGGAAGCUACGCGAAGAAGAUACAGCGUUCCUAUAAACAAAGGACUGUACGCGGAAGAAACUGCGUUAAAUUUAAAUAAAAUAAAUACGAAGAAAAACGGAGAUGAAAUCGCGGAGGAAUUGGAGGAAACUAACGCGACAUACAGAGACAGUAAUGUAACGAUAACGAACAGUUCAAAUAUCUUAUCUGACAAUCGAAAUACAGAAUCCCUAAAGAUUGAUAAAGAGCUGACAAAUAAGGAAUUCACAUGCGACGGUAAAUCGAACACGAUAACGGAGCGUAUAGAAAGCACAGCUCCAACGUUAACCAUUAUUUCCAUAAUGGCGAGUGACGAUUCACGAAAGAAUUAUCCGGCGCAUUCGUUCAUUCUGAACACGGAAAACGUCCGUUCUGUGACAGAUCUAUUGAAGCACAAAACAGAAUUAUGGAGCGUUGCCGUUGAGAAAAAGGAGCAAGAAGUUAACGCAAAACCUUCCAUCACAGAUACAUGUACAUCGAUGACCGACAUACUUGAAGUAGACCAAUGUAAUCUGUCUUGUUUAUCGCAGAUAUACUUAUAAAAUUAUUUAUUUAUCAGAUUCUUUUUAUAAGAGUACAUUUUUCCGAAUAAACGACCUUGUGCGCUUGCUUAUAUCAAUUGUUAUCUAGUAUUCGAAAAUUAAGAGAAGGAGAGCGAGAAAGAUAAAAGGUAAUUUUUCGCGACACGAAAGAGUAAAUUGUUUUUCUUGCAUCGACAUUAGACGAUGUUCUUUAAGCACAAGUUUAUCCAGCUACACGGUUUCGUUAGAAUAUAAAUGAUAGAAAGUGCACUCGCGGCCAUACAUACCUGCA